GGUCGGUUCCCGCCGGUGGUGAGCUCUCAGCAUCUCUUCGGGACCGAGCCGGGACGCCGGGGAGGGGCUCCACCCCCGCCUCUGUGGGACUUGGGGGAGGGUCGGCUGAGCCCGCGGGGACCCCCCGGCGUCCUCGCGCGGCCCCGCGGUCCCCACGGCCUGAUGGCGGCGCGCGUGGACCCGGCGCAAGUUUUGGUUACCUUUAAGGAUGUAGCUGUGACCUUCACCCAGGAAGAGUGGGGACAGCUGGAACUGGACCAGAGGGCCCUGUACCAGGAGGUGAUGCUGGAGACCUGCGGGCUUCUGGUCUCCCUGGGGCACUCAGUCCCCAGAGCAGAGCUGACCCACCUGCUGAAGCAUGGGCGGGAGCUGUGGACUGGGGAGAGAGGCCUCUCACGGAGCACCUGCCCAGGUGACAGUGCAAAACUUCGGACCAGAGACCCAAGCACUUCUCAGCUGGUUUUGUCUGCCGGAGCCUGGCUCCGGGAAAGCCUGGCCCAGGGACCUCCAAGGGACUCCAGCCUGGUGCAGACCAGGGAUUGGGAAGGGCUUGUGGAAAUGCAGAAAGGCCGACUGACGCCUGGGACAGAUGCUCACGAGACCCACCGUGAGAGAAUGAGCCAUGAAGAUGAUGGUUUGGGGACAGAGGAUAGCCUGCACUCCAGGGUCUUGCAAGAGAGAGUCUCCCCGGGAGAGGUGCUCCAUGAACGUGACCCACAGGGACCAGGCAAAGGCCGCACGCUUCACGCGGGGAAUGAUCUCUACGAAUGCAGGGAGUGUGGGAAAGGGUUUAACCGUAAGUGGUACCUUGUGCGGCAUCAGCGGGUCCACACUGGAACAAAGCCCUAUGAAUGCAACGCGUGUGGCAAAGCCUUCAGCCAGAGCUCGACCCUGAUCCGGCACUACCUCAUCCACACCGGGGAGAAACCGUACACGUGCCCGGAGUGCGGGAAGGCCUUCAAACGCAGGUCCUACCUCGUGCAGCACCGCCCGGUCCACACCGGGGAGAAGCCCUACGAGUGCGCCCAGUGUCGCAAGGCCUUCACCCACCGCUCCACCUUCGUCCGGCACAGCCGGACCCACACUGGCGAGAAGCCCUUCGAGUGCAGGGAGUGCGAGAGGUCGUUCGGCCACCGGGCGCACCUGAUCCAGCACUACGCCGUGCACACCGGGGCGAAGCCCUACGACUGCGCCGAGUGCGGCAAGGCCUUCCGCUGCGGCUCGGAGCUGGCGCAGCACCGGCGCGUGCACACGGGCGAGCGGCCGUUCGCGUGCGCGCAGUGCGGCAAGGCGUUCCACCGCAGCGCCCACCUGCUGCAGCACGCUGUGGUGCACGCGGCCGACGCCCCGCACCGCUGCGCCGACUGCGGCAAGGCCUUCAAGCGCCGCUCGCACCUCCUGCAGCACCGGCGCGUGCACCCCCGAGGCGGCCCCGCCGCCGGCGGAUCCCCGCGGACAGAGCUGUGAGGGGACAGGUCACCCGCGGGCCUGCCCCGGUCAGGGACGCGCCGCGGAAGGACGUUCCUAACAUAACGGCUGAGAGCCGCUGGCCAGAAGCAGCACCCUCCCUGCCGUCCGAGAACCCCUAACGAACAAGGGCAGCCGCGUCACUGUCGUUGCUGUGAGAAAACCCGUGACGCUCAGCACUCACUGUUAGGUCAGGGGUCGCUGGGAAUCGUACACCGCGCGGGCCUUCUGGCGCCUGGUAGACGGAUGCGGGAGACGGACAGUGGGUACUGUGCACUCACAAGGACGUCCCGCCACAGGUCUGCCCCUCGGUUGACCCUUAGAAAGCCGCUUCAGCAUUACUUUUAAAAGAAGAAUAAAAAGAAGGGGAUGGAAACAUACACUUCAAAUGGGAGAAACAGAUGUCUUUACAAACUUUCACAUUUCCGUGCCAAACCUAUUAAGCUUUUCAUCAGAUGGGGGAGUAUUUGAGAGGAAGGGCCUCAGCCCUUUUUUUUUUUUUCUCUAAGUUUAUUUUUAUUUAUUUUGAGAGACAGCAAGGGAG